UCCGCGCGGUGGUCCGGGAGCCGGUCGGCGCUGAGGGAGCGGCCGGCGUCCGGCCCGCGCUUGCUGCGCUCGCUGACCCUCCGGCCCCACCCGUCGGCCGCGCCCGUCAUGCCAGGCGCUGCUCGGCGCUAGUGCUCCGGCCGCCGUCCGCCCGCCCACUCGCAGCCGCGCCCACUGCCCAGAGCCAGAGGGAUGGUGGUAGUCACGGGGCGGGAGCCAGACAGCCGGCGUCCAGACGGUGCCAUGUCCAGCUCCGACGCUGAAGACGACUUUCUGGAGCCGGCCACCCCGACGGCCACGCAGGCGGGGCAUGCGCUGCCCCUCGUGCCCCAGGAGUUUCCUGAAGUGGUUCCUCUUAACAUCGGAGGGGCUCACUUCACCACCCGCCUGUCCACCCUGCGUCGAUACGAGGACACCAUGCUGGCAGCCAUGUUCAGCGGGCGGCACUACAUCCCCACCGAUGCAGAGGGCCGGUACUUCAUCGAUCGCGACGGCACGCACUUUGGAGAUGUGCUGAAUUUCCUGCGCUCUGGGGACCUGCCACCCCGGGAUCGUGUGCGGGCUGUGCACAAAGAGGCCCAGUACUAUGCCAUCGGACCCCUUCUGGAACAGUUGGAGAACAUGCAGCCACUGAAGGGGGAGAAAGUGCGCCAGGCGUUUCUGGGGCUCAUGCCCUAUUACAAAGACCACUUGGACCGGAUUGUGGAGAUUGCCCGGCUGCGUGCAGUACAGCGGAAGGCCCGUUUUGCCAAGCUCAAGGUCUGUGUCUUCAAGGAAGAGAUGCCCAUCACCCCCUAUGAGUGUCCCCUCCUCAGCUCCCUGCGCUUCGAGCGGAGUGAGAGUGACGGGCAGUUCUUUGAGCACCACUGUGAAGUGGAUGUGUCUUUUGGGCCCUGGGAGGCUGUGGCUGAUGUUUAUGACCUGCUGCACUGCUUGGUCACAGACCUCUCAGCACAGGGCCUCACUGUGGACCACCAGUGCAUCGGGGUGUGUGACAAGCACCUUAUCAAUCACUACUACUGCAAGCGCCCCAUCUAUGAGUUCAAGAUCACAUGGUGGUGAGUAGCUCUGGGAGGGAACAGAGUCCCGUCAGAGAGGGGCAUCCAUUCCCCUUCGUUGCUCUGGGAGUGGGAUUCCUAGAAGGGCUGCUGACUGCCCCAGAACCUGCUGAGGUGAGGACCAGGUCCUGAGGCACAGCUCCGAGGGAUGGAGGUGCAGCUCCUGUCUCCCCAGCUGUACCUCAGGUCAGACUCAGGGCUUGUGACCCGUGGGGACCUUGGGCCGGCAUUCACCUGAUCUUUCCUGGAGGCGUGGCAGUCUCUGCCUGAGGCUCAUGGCGUCUGGCUAGCUAGGGCUUGACUGGGAAGUCCAGAGAGGUUUUGUUGUUUUCUUGACUGGCAAGAGAGUUUCUGCCCUGUUUAGAGCCACAUUACCAAACUAACGUAGGCAUAGUCACUUCCUCGGCCAUGUUCAGGUUAUCUCUUCCUGUGCUCAGUGUAUAGGUAAGAACAUAGAAUAUGAUGGAGGAUUUGCCCAAGGAGUCACCCCUCAGCCCCUGGCUGAAGCAGAAAUUGUAUCUCCUCUCCCAGUACACGCCUGCUUCCUCUAAGAAUAGCCCCAUGUUUGUUUAGGAUGUGGAAAGACCCCUUCUCACAGAACAUAUCCUUUACCACAUUUUGGAGCUGUAACCAUGGUUGCCAAGCUAUGUACCAGGUUGGCCUUAGAAAAUCUCAGUGUUUACAGCCCUGUCUUGGGGUCUUAGCUUCUACCUUCUGCCAACCGUCCUUGCUUGUGGGGUUAUCUCAUAGGGCGGGUGUGCAAAUUUUAGAGGCUCUGUUUGAAAAUUCCCUAAGUCAAGGAGGCGAGAUUUUUGAGAUGUGACAUCCUUUUCAGAGGCUCAGAAUGUUUUCUUGGUGGCUGUUUGAUGUGUUACAGUCCAAAUUGUGGUGACCCUCCUUCAACAGGAGCCUCCCUCUAUUUAAGCCCCUUUGCUUCAUCCUGUUAACCUUCUUCUAAGAGAAUGUUCUAUAAUGGAGAAGCAAAGAAAGGUCUGGGUGAGAGGCACAGCUGUCCCACAAGCUAUAGAGAAACAGCAGCAAACCUCCAUUCUGUUUUACUUCCCGUAUUUCAGGGAGAGAGAGAGAGGUUCACAAGGGUCUGUGCCCACAUUUUCUUCUUGCUCCAUCUGCAGCCUGGGCAGCUGGGCAGCUGUGGCACUGCCUCUCCUAGAGAAAGAACUAUGUAGACCCAGUAACUGGAACGUAGCACCUCUGUGCUGGAUAAGGGCUCCUCCCUAUCAUCAUGAUUGUACUCAACUGUUCCGGGGUGUUCUUGUGGGGAAAUCUUUUAUAUACAGAAACUGGUGAGGACAGCCUCAUUGUUCUCAAGACCAGACUGCUGAGGUGUAGGGCACAGAGGACUGAAACUAUCUGAGAAAGGGAGAGCCAAGCCUAGGGACCUUGACUGAAUGCCUUGAUGGGAAGUGACCUCCAGAGCACUGAGUGGAAACAGUGAUUCCAUGGUUUGAUUUUGCACCUUUCUAUCCAGUCUCUGUAUGAGUGGACGGAGGUGCACACUGAAAUCAACAAGGCAAGUCCAGUUGAUUCAGGUUCUAAAAUUCAUGUUUCCUCUAUUCUCCACAAAUGGAUUAUCAUUUUUCUGGAACUAAUGUUCCUACUUGCAGCUUAGCCCAGCAGCAUGGCUUUUACCUUGUUCUCACAGGAAAAUGUUUCUUUAAGUUGUUCUGAUUGGUAUAACUGCCUAAUGUGAGUUCACUUUGACAGCUACUGGGGCAGGCUUCUAAGGAGGAAGUCAGUGUGAAUACAGAACAGAUGAAAUAAGCCCAGGGCUUCCCUUUCCCAUCCCUGGCACAGAGCUUCAUAGCACUAGGUUAUUUAGAGUCCACACUUGUAAGUCAGGGAGCAACUUGCUUAUACACAUGCAGAUUUGCUAAAAAAAAAAAAAAAUAUGCCCUAAAGACUUGUGUGGGGCUACAGGGAUCCUGGAUAAGGACGCUGUCCUUGUGCCUUAUUCUGGAAACACCCCUAUUUGUCUCUUCCCCUGUUUUUAUCAUGGUGGUAGGUUCUGUGCCAGUGUGAGGAGAAAAGGCUCUAGGCAGAGCAGAGACACUGGCUGCCAGCUUGGGGUUCUUUCUAAGUGGUGUCAAAGAAUUUGGCCACUCUCUGAGAAUUUGCCCAUUCUCUGAUGAGGAGCCUGGCAGAGAAGUACAUUCAGAUACCGUGGGUGGUGGUAAUGGACUCCAAAUUAAAGGGUCCCUCUGAGGCAGCAGCUUCUCCUCGCUGGAUUGUUUUUCAAAUCCGAAUGACCAGGCCCAGAGCAGGAAGGCUUCCAAAGUAUGAUCGCUUCUCCCCUGUUGAAAGGAAGUAUUUUUCCAUAGAAUUCUUGUGCAUACUGUCAAUAAAUGCCUCUCAUUUGAUUCAUCCAGUUGUGAACAGGUUGUUGGUUACAGUGGGUCAAACCACAGUGUCUUCCUUUGGAACUUCCUGUAAGUUUGACCUUGGGCACUUUUCCCUCCCAGGUGCGAGGCUCACUGGUUGGUAGGUGAACAUCUCAGGAGGUAGGACUGUGCAGUACAGCAGUGCUACCCAUAGUACAUUUAAGUAAACAAAAUGAGAGGCUAAAUGACAACAGAAAAGACUGAAAAAAUCCACAGUGGAACACAUCAUACCAUUCCAGGUGGAGGAAUUAUUUUGCUAAAACUCUAAAUGGAAGAAAUAGAAAAAUUGUCACUAUCCUUAUCCUACCUCUGGGUAAUUUACCAGAUUGUCCAGUGUUUGUCACAUGGAACACAGUCAACUAUGUUCUGAAAGUUUCUAUUUCUGGGGCUUUGGUAUUUUCUGGGAGUUAUCUGAGCCUUGCGCCUCAGGCUGAUCAGGUGAUAAUCUUCCUGUUCUGGUUUGCUAGCUGGAGGACUAGGAGAUUGAUGUUUGUAAGCCACAAACUGUGGUGAGCUGAGCUCAGUGUGUGAUUCUGGUCCAUGCUGGAUCCUGAAGUGAUUAAGAUAAACAAAACAAAAACUACUCCCACUAAGCAGGCUGAUCCCAGUUAGAAUUUCAAAAAUUUUGUAUACCUUCUGUCCAUAGUUGAAUCUAAUAAAAAGUGAUCAAGCUUUCCUGGGUACUGCUUUGCUGGAACUCUUCCAUGAAGGUGGUGCCUACCUCUUGGUCCUUAAAAGGGUUUACUCAUCAAAAGUCAAAGUGUUGGGAAGGCACUUUCGGGAAUUCUGGAAAGAAAUACACACACACACACACACAUACAUAUAUGUCAAGUGGGGAGGGUAGGUUGGCAGGGAUUUAAAGGAGGGAGGGACAAAGAGUAGGUGUAGGAACAACAGUUUCUCCGGAGUGUGGGCUGUCACUUGGGUCGAUUGUCUUCUGUAUGAUGUUGGGUUUGUAUACACAAUGUAACACUUCCUGUGUUUGUUCAUUACCUGUCUGAGUGCUUGGUGCAUGGAGCCUCAGUACCCUUACAUGGCAUUAAAGUCAAGAAUUAGAACCUG